UCUGGCUGCCCAGCGAGGCUGCGGCGUGGGAAAGAGCGGCGAGAGGGCGACUGCGCCGCGCUGCCCCGCGCGGAUCCGGGCGGAGGAGGAGGCGAGGGGCGGCGCGAUGAAGCGCCCGUGCGAGGAGACGACCUCCGAAAGCGACAUGGAUGAGACGAUCGACGUGGGAAGCGAGAACAACUACUCGGGGCAAAGUGCUAGCUCUGUGACAAGACCGAAUUCUCCAACAACAACAUCUCAAAUUAUGGCAAGAAAAAAAAGAAGAGGGAUUAUAGAGAAAAGGCGUCGGGAUCGGAUAAAUAACAGUUUAUCUGAGUUGAGACGGCUGGUGCCGACGGCUUUUGAAAAGCAAGGGUCUGCAAAGUUAGAAAAAGCUGAGAUACUGCAAAUGACAGUGGAUCAUUUGAAGAUGCUUCAGGCAACAGGGGGGAAGGGUAAGUAGGCGGCUUCAUUUCUU